GGACACCUAAACACUUAAAGGACUAAUGCUAAUGCGCGUUAGCUAGACGACGCACGAGGUUGAGGUUAUAUAAGCUGAUAGUGAGUGCAACAUUGAUGUGUCGGAGCUACUGCCUAAACCCCAGUAAUAAAUUAAAGCAAAACAAAUACUCUAUAUGGGGGCAACGGCGACGGAGUCUGGCCGCCGGCAACUCCAUUUCAUGGUGUUCCCGAUGAUGGCCCCUGGCCACAUGAUCCCCAUGAUAGACGUGGCGAGGAUUCUAGCCCGGUCUGACAGCGGCGUCACCGUUACCAUCUUCACCACCCCCGUCAACGCAAAGAGGUUCCAGUCAACGCUCGACCAGGACCGGCGUUCCGGGUACAAAAUCCGGAACCACGUGGUCCGGUUUCCGUGCGCGGAGGCCGGGCUGCCGGAGGGGUGCGAGAAUGCGGACUUGGUACCCAAGGGUCAAAACCUCGAGUCCGCCUUCUUGGUCGCCCUCUACAUGCUCAAGUCACCGGCGGAAGAAGCCAUUCGAGGAAGCGAUCCGCCGGUGACCUGCAUAGUCUCCGACAUGCUGAUGGUGUGGACGGCGGACCUAGCGGAGGGGAUGAACAUCCCAAGAAUCGUGUUCAACGGGUCGUGCUGCUUCUCCUUCGUCUGCUCGACUAAGAUCAUGGAGUCGGAGAUUCUAGGGACGGUGGAGUCGGAGACGGAGAUGUUCACCGUGGCCGGGCUUCCGCCGCCGUACGAUGACAAGAUUCAGCUUUGCAAAGCUCAGGUGAAGGGGUGCGUGGUGGACCGGAGUGUAAUCAAAAGCGAGGCCCAGAAAGAGCUGGCGGAGAAGCUGGUCGGGGCAAUGAGCUCGGCUCACGGCGCGAUCGUGAACAGCUUCUCGGAGAUGGAGCCGGAAUUUGUGGAGGAGUAUAAGAGGAAGUUCCACCAUGGGAGAGUGUGGUGCGUCGGCCCUGUUUCCUUGAGCACCCACCAAUCCGUCCAGGAUCAGCCAGCACUAGAAGAAGGUAAAGCAGUGAUGAAGAAGAAUGAGAGUGGGGAAGAGAAGGAGCAGUGCUUGAAGUGGCUCGACUCGCAAGCGCCAGGAUCGACAAUAUACAUAUCCCUGGGAAGCUUGGCGAGGCUCACGACAGAGCAGAUGACUGAGUUGGCUCUGGGGUUAGAGCUAUCAGGGAGGCCCUUCAUUUGGGCGUUGGGGAGGGCAGACGAGCAGUUGGACGCAUUUGAAGAGUGGGUGUUGGCCGAUGGGUUCGAAGAGAGGACCAGGGGGAGAGGGGUGCUGGUCCGCGGGUGGGCCCCGCAGCUGCACAUUCUCUCCCACCCUUCCACCGGAGGGUUUUUGACACACUGCGGGUGGAACUCCACGUUGGAAGCCAUCUCAGCCGGAGUGCCCAUGCUAACAUGGCCGAUAUUCGCGGAGCAGUUUGUGAAUGAGAAGCUGGUGGUGGAUGUAUUGGGGGUCGGGGUCAGCCUCGGGGUGAAGGUGUCGGCUCUGUGGGAAGGAAAGGAGACGACGGCGAUGAGCAGAGUGGUGGUGAAGAGGGAGGAGGUGAAAGAAGGAGUUGGUCAACUCAUGGAAGGAGAAGGAGAAGAGUGUCGGAGGAAAGUCAAAGAGCUAGGGAGAAAGGCCAAAACGGCGGUUCAGAAAGGUGGUUCCUCCCAUCUCAACUUGAUGACUUUGAUAGAAGACAUUUCCUUAUUUAACUCUACAAAAUCAUGAGAUCACACGUAUGAUUAUUUCUAUAAAUCUCGUUUUGAUUAUUUAAUGAAUCAUUCUUGGCUUACACAAAUUUUAUACACAUAUUGUAUACACGCUUUCUAGUUGUCUGUUUAGAAUGCAACUUCUGAACGAAUUGCCUAUGUAGUCAGACAAUUACUAGAGUACGUGCGUACACUACAUGUGAACAAAAUAUGUGUACCAACAACAUUUGUGAUAUUUGAUAGAUUAUUCUAGAAUAAAGUUAUUCCAUGCUUCAGAGUUAUCACCAAACCGGCGGUUCAGAAAGGUGGUUCCUCUCAUUUGAACUUGAUUUCUUUGAUAGAAGACAUUUCCUUAUUUGGCUCUGCAAUAUCAUGAGAUCACAC